UCGUUCAAAGUUAUGGCAAACGUAAAACAUUGCAAAUUUAAAAUUUGUUGUCUAAUUUUAAUUUUUCUACCAUUUUCAUCAUCAGCAGCGAAUGAUAGGAAUGGAAAUAGUUCAAUUUCGCAUGAAGACACUUUGAAAAGAUGGACUGAAUUCGAAAGCGCUGCAAAAACUGGAAUCAGGUAUGCAGUGAAAAGUGUUUUGCCUUCUUUGAUGGAGGCAGCAACAAAAUUGGAACUUUCUGCACAAUGCAUGAACAAUGGAAUGCUGCUGCUGAAUAACAUGAUGAAAUUGAAACCAUGGGCAAUUCGAUUCAUUGACUCCAGUGCUAAAAGCAUCGACGGACUGAUGGGUGGUACUUUAAGUUCACUUGGCUCUUUUGACGAGUGUUUGGAAACAGAAGCCAUAUCCGACAGAAGAAAGGAUAAAAUACUUUUCCGUGGGCAAUAUUGCACAAUAAAUAUGAAGCCGCCGCUGCCCCCUCUAGACAGAUUCUACAAGUUGGGGGAGUCUAUGGACGAGCUUAAGAAUUUUACCAAAGGAGAAAACAUAAUAAGUGAUCUGUCGAAGAUUGCUCACACGUUCUACUUUUUAUCUAUAAGACUGGGAAUCUGUGUUCCAUCAGGAUGUUCGACAGAAGACAUUGACAAAGUUUCUAAAGCAGUUGGAAGUUUCUUCAAGAUUGAUGCAAGUGCUGCUCGAUGUGAGGUUAAAGAAGCAAAAAAGUUCACUACUUCUGCUAUUCUUUCAAUAACUGUUUAUUGUAUUCUGGGCCUCCUUGUGUUUAUUGCAACUUCAAUGGAUGUUUAUACCAAGCGAUGCAACAUGCAAUUCAAGGCCGCAAGUUUAAAAAUCCUGAUGGCGUUUUCGCUAGUUCGAAACUACGAAAAACUGUUUAGCACGGAUUCAAAGUCUAAAAGUUUGGAUUUCUUGAAUGGCAUCCGUUUUUUCACAAUGACGUGGGUGGUCCUCAGCCACACUCACUAUGUAAUAAACUUCCAAGUAUUUACUGAAAUGCUAAAAAUAAGAGACUUAAUUGAGGGAUUUGGUUUCCAAGUAAUAGCCAAUGGUGGUAUUUGUGUAGAAACCUUUUUCGUGAUAAGUGGUUUUUUGGCUUGCUAUUUAACAGUAAAAUCAGCGGAAGAUGGUCAUCGCUUUAGCACACUAUUUUACAUCUUUCACAGAUUUUGGAGGCUUUUUCCUUUGCUGGUGUUUUGUCUUCUAGCAGCAUUUCUGGUGCCUCUAAUGGGCUCCGGCCCACUGUGGCAUGAAACGAUCGACACGUAUGUUCCUGCAUGUAGAACAAACUGGUGGAGGAAUCUUAUAUUUAUAAACAACUUCUUCGAUCCAAAAGAUAUGUGUUUGCAGCACACUUGGUAUUUGGCGUGCGAUUUUCAAUUACAUGUUGCUGCACUUUUGAUACUGAUACCACUUUUGAGGCAACCACUUGUUGGUCUGACGUUGAACUUUGCAGCAAUACUAUCAUCAGUGAUAUAUAGUGGCUAUGUUGUCUCUGUGGAGGGAUUUUCACCGACGUCUUUACCAUCUGAUGCUGACCCAAGGCAAAACGAAUUUUAUUGGAGCUACUUCUUUAAGCCUUUUGUGCAUGUGGGUCCAUAUUGCAUAGGAAUGCUAUCUGGCUACAUUUUGGCAAAAAAACCUAAUUUGAAAAUACCGACAAGAUAUCAAGUUGCUGGCUGGUGUUUAGCUGUCGUAUUCAAUGUGAGCUCCCUUUAUGGAGUUUAUGAAUGGAACAGAGGUGCUCAACCUACAUUUGUGGAGAAAAUAUUGUAUGCAGGGUUGCACAGAGUAGCUUGGUCUGCAGGUGUUGCUUGGGUUAUCCUUGUCUGCUCUACUGGACAUGGAGGCAUUGUUAGCAGUAUUUUGUCGCUCAAACCAUUUAUUCCGUUGGGAAGACUGACGUUCUUCGUUUACUUGUUUCAUCCACUCAUACAAUUGGUAUAUGCCUCCAAUCUGCAAACACUGAUUGAACCAGCCCAUUUUAUUCUGGUUUGGCUUUUCUUCGCCUAUGUGACUGCUUCGUAUGGUCUAGCCCUCAUUGGAACUGCAAUGCUUGAAGCUCCAUUCCUUGCGCUGGAGAAAUUUAUGUUCUCAGCUAAAGCAAAAGUACAAGAAAUUCAAAUGUCGACUAAUAAAAUAGAAUCUCAAAUUGGAACUGCAGAACAAAAUGUAGAAAACUUUGAACACUUCAAUAAUUUGAAAAAUUUAAACAAGCAUUUAUAAAUCUUUUCCUGUAAAAAAAUGAAUAAAUUAUA